AUGGCUGCGGUUACAACGUCAAAGAAGCGCAAGCGCGAUCUAGAUGACACUCAAAGAGUGUCCUUUGCACUCUUAGACCAGCCUGCAACGCAGCUGGGUCCCGUUCUUGCUAAUUUUCCCUCCGUCAAGCCCACAAAAUCCACCUCUUUUAAAUGCUACAAGACACAGACACAAAAGCCGAAAACGGACAAUGAAGAAGUGCCGUACCUUGUCGGUGUGCAUAAUAAACGCACUGGCAUCACAACCCUUCGAGCUGCUCCCUUGCACAUCCUCACACAUGAGGUUAAAGCCCUGAAGGGUCUUGAACCUGCUGCCGUCUCUACUCUUCAGCGUCUUGAGGCCCGCGCUGCACUUGGAGAAACGUUCGGAACCAAGAAGGCAAAACUAGCCAUCCGCGCGCAAGAGCGGAACAAAGUCGACGUUUCUGCAAUGGAGAGUGUUGCAGAUCACCUCCAAGAGAAGGAGGCAAAAGCGAAUGCGGACAGUACUCGUCUAGUUCCGCAAUACAAUAUCGAUGCUCUCAAUCCGAGCGAUGUUUAUCCCUUGCACAACAUGAUUCCCAAGCCUGAAUGGAAGGCACUGUCUAUUUCUGCUUAUAUGCAGGCGGGCGAUAGUGCUGAACGGGUCGCUCUUCUCCCCUACAAGCGUUCCAACUGGAUCAACGAUCAUUUGGGGCUUGCAUUUGCCUCUCCCUCACCGAACAAGACCACUAUAAAAACGCUCGUAUACAUCUCAGCAAUGUUCGCCUUCCACAAAUCCACCUUUAAAAACAUCGACAAGACCGCCAUUCAACAAAAGCUCUCUAUGGUCCCUAGCGUUGUUGUUGAUGGACUGUUAUCACGGUUCACAGAAACCGCACGUGGAUCCAUGGAGGCACAAAAGACAACUGAAAAUGUGACUAUGCUUCUGACGCACUUGUUCGCACUGUGUCUUCACGUCGAUGAUUUUGCGACCGACACGAGCGUUCUUGCGGCUGAUUUAAGCAUGGAGCCAGCGAACUCAUGCGUAGACAGGAUCAAUAUGUUAUUCAGGUCCCUAGGCUGCAACGUCAACAAGCUAACACAGUCAGACUUGAAGCGUCUCGGUCUGCCCGAUUCUGCGGGAGAGAUCAAGAGGGCUAUUCUAAAGACUCCUCUACAGUUCCCGAAGGCUCGGAUGAGACGGCGGGCGUAA